GUGUGUGUGUGUGUGUGUGUGUGUGUGCGUGUGUGAGUGAGUGUGUGUUUUAAGCUUGUUUGUAGUAAAAACAGUUUUUAAAAAGGCACUUGUAAAGUGAAAAACAUUUUCAAUCCGACGUCCCCUGCUGAUACAUUGAGCCUGAGACCAAGACAAACUAUUAAAAAAACCUACCUCACAGGUGACCCUGUUUUGCUUUAGUUCUAAGAAAAGACAAAGGAGAACCAAGGACAUCGUCAAGGGAAGUGAAAGCCUCCUGGUUUCACAUUACACGCCACUGGCAGUGCAGCCAACAUCAGACCCACCUUGAAGACACGACCAAAGGACCUUAAGAAGACAUUGCCUGAAUUUGAUCUGAAUAUCAGCUGUGCAGGAUGAAUGGAGGAGUCCAGCCACGUGUGGUGUCUAAAGAUGGCCACAACAACAUUCAUCUUGACAAUGUCGAGGGCAUGGUGAAGCUCUAUCUACACGACAUCUGGACCACAGUGGUGGACAUGAAAUGGCGCUACAAACUCACCCUCUUUGUGUCCACCUUCCUCACAACCUGGUUUUUCUUUGGCAUGCUUUUCUAUCUCAUCGCAAUGACAAAUAAUGACCUUAACAUUGAAAAGGCUUCAAACCACACACCGUGUGUGAUGAAUGUGGCCACCUUAACUGGCGCAUACCUAUUCUCCCUAGAGUCACAGACUACCAUCGGCUAUGGCUUCCGUCACAUCUCAGAGGAGUGCCCACUUGCCAUCUUAACACUGGUGUUACAACUGGUGCUCACAGGCCUGGCUGAGAUCUUUGUCACUGGUACCUUCCUGGCCAAGCUAGCACGGCCCAAGAAGCGUUCUGAGACAGUCAAGUUUAGCCAGUUGGCAUUGGUUUCCAAGUACAAGGGCCAGUUGUGUGUGAUGGUGCGUGUGGCCAACAUGCGUAAGAGUCCACUGGUUCAAUGUCAGCUCUCAGGCAAGCUGCUUUUUCCCUAUGUCACUGAAGAGGGUGAGAAGAUCCAGCUCCACCAGGAGCCUGUGGACUUUCAGUUUGACUCCAAUGAGCAGUGCCCAUUCCUUGUUCUGCCUCUUAUCUUCUACCAUGUGCUGGAUGAGAGCAGUCCUCUGGCCAGCCUCACUGCUGAAAAUUUAAAGGUGAGAAACUUUGAACUGGUGGUCACCCUGAACGCCACUAUGGAAUCCACAGCUUCCACCUGUCAAAGCCGUACUUCCUAUGUUCCACAAGAGUUCCGAUGGGGUUACAAUUUUAAGCCUCUUCUCUUUGGCACACAUGGGGGCAAGUACAUCACAGACUUUAGAUAUUUUGAUGAGAUUCAGAUUAGCAAUGACUCCGCGCUUCUACCAGAACCAAGGAAUGAGAAGCUCCUGCUUGAACAUGAGUACGUUGAAGACUGAACAGAAGGAGAGAGCACUGAUAAAAACGGCAUAGGGCUGAGUUUCUUAAAGGCAUUCCAGCACAAAGAUCAUAAUUAAAUAAUAACGUGAGCAUCACAAUGAAGACUCUCUAUCCUAUUUAAUGGCGAUGCUUUUGGGAAGCUCAUGCUGUCAUGUACCAAGACAGCGCACAAAAUUAGAACACAGAUUACACAAGUUCAACAUUGUCUGUCAAGGAGUAACAUAUGAAUGCAGAUUAAAUCUGAAAUGAGUGAUUAUGCUGUUAAAAAUGUUACCCUACUCAGAAUAUUAAGUUGAGUAUUAAUAUAGACAUGCACUGCCCUCUACUAAUAUUGACACCCUUGGUAAAUUUGAGCAAAGAAGGCUGUGAAAAUUGAUCUUUAUUGCUUAACUUUCUGGUCUUUUGUUUAAAAAAUCCACAAAAAACCCAAACAAAAAAUUAUUGUUAAAUAUAGGUGUGCAACAAUUAUUGGCACCCCUAUGAAUUCAUAUGAGAAAAAUAUAUUUGAAGUAUUUUACCACUGAUAUUU